GCGGAACUUCAAUUUAAUUCAGUUCUUAUUAUUUUUUUAAUUAAGAUCACUGAAUUUUAAGUCCUGAAAGAUGUCGAAAGUGAUUUUAUUCACACUUUUAGUUGGAUUUGCUGCCGCUAUUCCAUCGCGCCCAGUUCUAAAACCAAUUUUCCCUGAAAAUGCUCCUCGUUCAACCAAAACAUCCCGCAUUAUCGAUGGAUGGCCUGCCAGCGCCGGCCAAUUCCCGCAUCAAGUACGAUUGCUCAGUCGCAUUUCCAGCUCCAAAACUUCCCUUUGUGGCGCUUCCAUCAUUUCGGAAACUUUUGUAUUGACAGCUGCUCAUUGCGUUCGUGGCUUUGACACUUUUGACCUCGGCUUCGGAUCCAUUAAUGUAAAUGCGCCAAUUUUUUCGAUAACGUCCCAGAAAAAAAUUGAACAUUCCGGCUACAAUCCCACGAACUUAAAUAACGACAUUGCCUUAGUUGAGCUUCCUGCGGCACUGCAAUGGAGCAAACUUGUGUCGCCCGUUCAACUGCCAAGUUACACCCAAGCAUCUCAGUCCUUUUUGAACCGACAAGCGACAGUUUCGGGCUUUGGAUUGACCAGCGAUUCAAGUGGCGCUUCCGAUAGAUUAAUGUACGUGAAUGUUCGUGUAAUUGGAAAUUCCGAAUGUUCUGCGUAUUACGGCACAGAGAUCGUUAAAGGAUUUACUUUGUGCUCUCGUGGAUGGGACCAUAAUCGCCAGCAAACGUGCCAAGGUGAUUCAGGUGGUCCUCUUGUGACGUUCGACGAGACAAUUGGCGACAACAUCAUCAUUGGUGUUGUGUCGUUUGUCUCGAGUAACGGAUGUGAAGCCGGAGAUCCAGCUGGCUACGUGAGAGUCUCGAGUUAUUUGGAUUGGAUCCAUAAAAAUACUGGCAUCCAAAUCAGACCAUAAAAAAAUCCGGAAAUAAAUUAAAUCGAUCACUUUUUGAUAAUUGUAAAACAA